ACUCGACCAGUUCGACAUUCCCGUCACCGCAGGUCUUUGUUGUGUUAUAUUUCUAGAACAUUUUUUGGAUCUUCGGGAAAUGGAAAAUCGCGUUGUUCUCUUUUAAUCGCGGUUGUUUGGAUGUACUGAUGGAUUGAGCGACAGCUGUGUAUUUGUGGACGGAGGGUCGGAUAAUCUGAGCCCGUUAUCCCCGGAGAGAGAGAGAGAGCCGCUUUGUUCGGGCAAUAAUAAAAACCCGAAACACGUUUACUAUUAAAAUGACCGACACAGAAAAGGAAAACAAAUCUGAUGAAGACUCAGAGUCUCUCGAGGAAGAGGAGGUUGACCCCAGGAUUCAGGGUGAGCUUGAGAAACUGAAUCAGUCUACAGAUAACAUCAACAGAUGGGAGACAGAACUGGAGGACUCCAGGCAGAAGUUUCGCGCUGUCCUUGUGGAGGCCACUGUCAAGCUGGAUGAACAGGUGAAGAAGAUCGGGAAAGCUGUAGAAGACUCAAAACCGUACUGGGAGGCCAGACGUGCGGCCCGGCAGGCUCAGAUAGAGGCACAAAGAGCCACACAGGAGUACCAGAGGGCCACUGAGAUCCUCAGAGCAGCGAAAGAAACCAUCGCGCUGGCUGAAGAACGUCUCCUGGAGGAGGACAGCAGACAGUUCGACUCGGCCUGGCAAGAGAUGCUCAACCACGCCACCCAGAGGGUGAUGGAGGCGGAGCAAAGUAGAACACGAAGUGAAAUCGAUCACAGGGAAACGGCGGCCAAAUACAACACCACCAUUAGCCACAUGAGACAACUGGAGAAAAAGCUCAAACGCACUAUCAACAAGUCCAGGCCAUACUUUGAAUUGAAGGCAAAAUAUUAUCUACAGCUCGAGCAACUGAAGAGAUGGGUGGACGAGCGGCAGGCUAAACUCACCCAGGCCAAAGCAGAGUACCGGACCGCCCUGCGCAACCUGGAGACCAUCUCAAAUGAGAUUCACGCACGCCGGCGUCACUCUGCUAUGGGGCCCCGGGGCCGAGGGGUGGGGGCCGAAGAUGACGGGGCCGCCACGGAUGAUAUCACCAACUUCAAAAUGGAGUCUGAUGGCAUAUCUAUGAUAUCCGUGAACUUUGAAGAGGAGAAUUGUACCGGCACGUCAGAGGACGACCCCGAGACACAGUCAACCUGCAGUAUGAGCUCCACAUCUGCUCCUCUGGACCUGUCCUGCACGUGCCCCACGUCUUCUGUCCCGUAUCCUCUCCUGUCAUCCUCCUCCUCUUCUCCUCUCUCUGUCGGCCCUGAUCUGUUGCAGCUGCCAGGCUCCAUGUCUCUGGAGGGGUUGGAGCAGGUGUCUCCUGUGCUCGGCCCUCGCAGUGAGUGCAGUGGAGCGUCGUCACCAGACUGUGAACAGGAAAGAGGUGAGAGAGCAGAUGGUGCAGAAGUUAAACCUGACAAUACAAACAGCGUCAGUGUUCAGAAAAGCUCGCUCCUGGAGAAAAGUCUGUGCAGCUUAUCGCUCCAAACCGCAGACGACAACGAAACAGACACUCACCCUUUCACUGGGACCUCCAACACACCAGCAGUGCUGCUCUUAAACAGUAUUUAAACUCCAGAACAUCCACUUGUUCAAACUUUCAGCACAGGGGCCACGUAAUCAAAACAGUGUCGUUUCAAAGGAACCAUUGUGGAAACCUAACUUGAUGAUUUAUGUGAACUUUUAUCAUCUCAGUGUUAUGGAGAUUGUCUCAUCUCAGACUGGUUUUAACCCAGAAAACUGUGAAACAGUGUUAUAAAUGUUAGGAAAACAUCAGCUAUGAAGUGAACUGUUUGUCGUCACUGAGUGGAUGUUUCUCAUGUUCUUCCUAUCUGUGUGUCUCGUGAGUGGAUACAGCUCUUUAUUUCUGUCUUCUAUUGCAUUAAGGUGGCGUCUCACUAGCCGAUGACGUGAUUUUGGUCUGGGGUUUCCAAGGAGGUCUGUAAUACCUGGAGAAAGAUAUAAGAUAUCUCAGUGCAAAUUGCAAUUUACAAUAUAUUUUGCUUGCAAACAAUGGAGAAAUAUCUGUUUUGGAAACAGAUAGUGUAGUUAAGGCAUCUACCAGGAAGGGCUAACUGGCCCAUGCUAACCAGCCAAACCAUGAUCACUUAAAAACUAAAAAUCAAGCAAAAAAAUAAAAAAAUAAACGGCAAGUGAGAUGCCGGAAUUACAGUAGCAAAAGAUAUCUGCACCAGUUUUUUACUCUGUCUGCAUUGUGUGAUGAUGUUCUUCGUCUCAAAUGUGCUCAGCUUGGUCUCAUGUUAAUUACGUGACUGUAGCAACAUUUGUCAAUGCAAAAUCAUAUUACAGGUAUCAUGGCAGGUGAAAUGUCCACUGUGUGGCGCUAAAAGAGAGUUAAAUGUUCGAGUUUUAAAUCAACAAAACCGACCUCCUUACCCUAAAGCUUAAACCAAAACCUAACCUAUACAGGGAUGGAUUAACGACCGGGCCAAUGGGGCCAGUGCCCAGGGGCCCUUGACUACCAGGGGCCCUUGACUGCCCGGGGGGGCCCUGGGAUUUAAGGUUGCACGAUCCAGUUUGGCGAUACACCCGCUCGAAAUCCCAUCAACAAUGAAAAUGAAAAAAAAAAAAAAUAGUGGGAGUGGAGGGGGGGGCCCUUGGAGAUAAUUGGCCCCCGGGCCUUUGCAAGUCAUAAUCCGUCUCUGAACCUAUAGUGUCAUUAAAAGCAAAUGUGAGAUGAAAACCCAAUUGCUGAAGCAAUCACUCCAUUUUCUGAUGCAUCUAAGACACUUUGACCUUGUGCGCUCUUCAGGACUCGUACCCCAGUCAUUUGCAUUGCAAGUGCAAUGCUCCAUCAGUUGAGCUUCCGCGCAAUUUGAUUGCACCUGAAGAAGCUUGUGAAUGUAGUUAGUUAUGUAAUGCAAGUGUUAAAAUGAGUCAUGCACUAGAGUAAGUGUUUAGAUAUCAUUAGAUAUCAUUGUGUGAGGAACAGGACGAAACGCAAGUGUUACUGAUAAUCUGCCGUUCUACUCGUGAUGUGUAUGAAAGUGAAUAAAAGUCAAUGUUGUGGUUGCGCCUCUAGUGUUCAUUUCACCAGGAAACUGCUGCGAUAUGUACAACGAGCCAUGUGAAAAUCAUUUUACAAAAACGUAGGUGUAGUUACGUGAUUCUAUGAGACCAUGUUGAAUUCACUCUUUGUUUUUCCACUCCACUGGUUGAUCAGUAGUUCAAAGCAAUAUAUUUAUACUCAAUGUUUGUCUUGUUAUCAUGAUGUUACCAAUGUCUUUUCACAGCUCAAAAUUCUUAUUUGUGUAAUAUACAGAUGCUUGUAGCAUGAAUCCUUUUCCACUGUUUUGAUUUCACACAGUCAGACUUCUUUAUUCCAAAACAAAGAGCUGGAGCAUUAAUCUUGUGGUGUUGGGCACCAAUCAAGUCCUUUUCUUUAAAAGAGGACUAAGAUUUCUUAAACACUUGACAUAGUUUUUGGUGCAUAAAGAGUAAUUGCUCUUCUUAGAUAGCACUUUAUAAUCACAUUUAACCGUGUUUAUCAAUAAAUAUGGGCCAGACAUGUGUUG